AUGUGCUUCGCUAGCACCCCCGCAGCGGCCAAUCAUCUAGCACGACACAGCUCCAUCAGCGGAGUCUUGGCGGUGCACACGGCAGAAGCUAACCAAAGAUACAUACUCCGUUAUAUACAGGUACCGGCUGGCUGGGGAUGCGGUGCGAUGCUUGUCGUUCACGCUGGUAAUUAUCGUAUUGGUGGAAGCGAUAAAUCUGUCUCGUGCUUGCUGCCGACUACAAAAACUAUGGCGGAUGUGAUGUAUCAUGCUGCUUUAAUCAUCAUCAUCCAUGUCAUCAUUGCCAGCCAUGCAUGCAGCCAUGCUGGCCCCUGUGGCCUGCGUAGAGGUUUGACAGGUGGCCAAUCCAAUCGUGGAACCUCAUACACAGUAGUAGAGGAAGACCUGUUUGCACGGCUGUGUGAAAGCAUUAUUAAAUUACGAUCCCACACGCAGGCCCGGAAGGAGCCUCAGCGCCGGGGAAGGCCACAAGAAACAACAAAGCCUACUACAUCCAUGACGAAGGAUGAUGACAGGAACCUUUUCCAGAGAAGCAUAUGGAGAUGUCUGGUUAGCUAUGUAUCUCAGCUGCCACUCAGCACCUCAGACCCCAGGUAA